GGCGGGUGCGGGCACUCUUUGCCCUGGCGAGUCCUUGAAGUCUAUAUUUAGUGCACGCCACCCCUCCCCCACGGCAGGGAGGGACCCGGGAGGUGGGGGCGGCCCCGCCCCCGCCAGGCGUGUAUGUGUCGUGUGUGCUGCGGCCCGUGCAGGUUGCGCGCCCUCGGUCUUGGCGCCUGCUACCCUGGAGGCUCGGCCGUUGCCUCAACGCCUCGCUUCGCCCCGCCGGUCGUCGUCGGGCUAACAUGGGCCAGGAAGAGGAGCUGCUGAAGAUCGCCAAAAAGCUGGAGAAGAUGGUGGCCAGAAAGAGCACGGAGGGGGCCCUGGACCUUCUGAAGAAGCUGAGCGGCUACCGGAUGUCCGUGCAACUACUGCAGACCACCAGGAUCGGAGUCGCUGUGAAUGGGGUCCGAAAGCACUGCUCAGACAAAGAGGUGGUGUCCUUGGCCAAGGUGCUCAUCAAGAACUGGAAGCGGCUGCUCGACUCUCCGGGACCCCCUAAGGGAAAAAAAGGAGAGGAAGGAGAAAAAACAAAGAAAGAAAAAGGUGCUGAAGGUGCAGACUGGAAACCAGAACCAGGCCUCUCUCCAUCAAAGAAAAAUCAAGGGAAAGAGUCCAAAAGCAGGAAAGACUCUGCGGACUCCAGGUCUUCUACCUCCUCGUCUCCCAAAAGGCCCUCGAUGGACAGAUCAAACAGCAGCAAAUCCAAAGCCGAGACCCCCAAGACACCCAGCAGCCCCAGCACUCCCACGUUCGCUCCCUCUGUCUGCCUCCUGGCCCCCUGCUAUCUCACGGGGGAUUCCGUCCGGGACAAGUGCGUGGAGAUGCUCUCUGCAGCCCUGCAAGCAGAAGGUGAUUACAAGGACUAUGGAGUCAACUGUGACAAGAUGGCCUCAGAAGUUGAAGAUCAUAUCUACCAGGAGCUCAAGGGCACAGACAUAAAGUACCGGAACCGCGUGCGCAGCCGGAUCAGCAACCUUAAGGACCCCAGGAACCCCAGCCUGAGGCGGAAUGUGCUCAGUGGGGCCAUCUCCACUGCGCUCAUUGCCAAAAUGACAGCAGAGGAAAUGGCCAGUGACGAGCUGAGGGAAUUGAGGAAUGCCAUGACCCAGGAGGCCAUCCGUGAGCACCAAAUGGCCAAGACGGGCGGCACCACCACCGACCUUUUCCAGUGCAGCAAAUGCAAGAAGAAGAACUGUACCUAUAACCAGGUGCAGACCCGAAGUGCUGAUGAGCCCAUGACAACCUUUGUCCUAUGCAAUGAGUGUGGCAAUCGCUGGAAGUUCUGCUGAUGGGACCACCACCAUCAGGACCACCCACCGCA